GCAACAUGUUCCGUGUUUUCCCGCUGCUCAGCCUGCUGCUCUUCUCGGUCGUCCGUGCGGAAAUCUGUGACCAGGACCCUAGUGUCACGUUGUACUGCCGCGGUGAACGAGCCUUGCGAAAUGUCCUGCGGAAUUUGAAUCGCAGCGACAAGCCCUUAGUUGUGGUGAAGGGCCUGGAAAUAGUUCCCCUCAACGCCUCAAUGCCCGAGGAGGAGCCGGAGCAGGGCCUGCUGGACAGUCUGUCCUUCUAUCUGAGAACGCACGAGGUUAAUGUGAAGCUGGCGGAUCUGCUGGAGGAUGAGGCGCAUGUUUCAGAGGCACGAAAAAAGGACAAGGGCCAGGGCAUGCUGCUGGCCAUGGCUCUGAUGUUUGGCAAGGCGAUGGCCGUAAUGGGCCUGGGCGGAAUCGCGGCCCUGGCUAUGAAGGCCCUGGGCGUCGCCAUGGUGGCCCUGAUGAUGGCCGGAAUCCUGGGCCUAAAGACGGCCUCCCAGCAUGGUGGAGAGAGCAGCCACAGCAUAUCCUACGUGACCGGCGAGGGCCAUGGCCAUCACCACAAGCGAAGACGCCGCGCUGCAUCCGCGGCAUAUCGAGGCUGGAUUUAAAUCCUUAGUUCUUAUGUAGCACUUAAGUAAUUCAA